GAAAAUUUGACUUGUCCUUUUUUUUGGUUUUUUUUAGUAUUGUUUUUUGUCUAUGAUUUCUAAAGGGUUAUCAGAACUUCCAAAGCCUCAUAAAGGAAUUUUAAAAAAUAAAAAUGAAGUUAUACGUUCGUUUAAUGCAUCAUCUAAAGAUAUUUAUGGAGAUUCUGUUGAAAAUUCAUUUUCUCAGUCUCAAUUAGCACCUUUAAAUAUAGAAUCUUCAGAAACAUCAUCACCGCGGUUAAAAUGGGAUGAGGCAAACUUAUAUUUAACAGAACAAGAAAAAACAUCAACAAUGAAGAUUACGGAACCUAAGACUCCUUAUACACGUCAAUAUGACUCAUCAGUUAGUUUUGAUGAGGAAAUUAUGGAUAGUGAUCAAGAACUGAUAAAUAAGCAAAAUAAUAGCGAUAUACCAGUAUUUGAUCUUGGAGAACCUCAAGAAAAGAUGCCAGUUCUUUUAAAACAUGUAAUUGUUAAAGAUGCUGGAAUAGAGAAAGAUAAGGAAGAUAUGCAAACACCAGAAGAUGAGCAGCAUCGUCGUCAUUUUGAAUUGAUGCGUAAAAAGCAUUAUGAAAAAAUGGGGACUACUGCUUUUUCUCAUGAAAUAGAUCCAGAUGAUGAAAGCGAUAGUGAAUCUGAUAUAUCUUUACAAACCAAUGGUAAAGCAUUUUAUUAA